AUGCGUUCCAACUAUUUGUUAUUAUUAGCUGCCACAGCUGUUCAAGCAGUUCCAUUUAUCAAGAGAUACGAAAACACUACUGCGCCAGCCAGUCAAUUGUCAACCUCAUUGGCUGAUGGUUCUACUACCAUUCUUGCUUCCUCAUCCAGUGUCGAAGAAGACGAAACCAUCACUUCUACUAUCGUUCAGUAUGUCACUGUCACUUCUUCUGAUACCACUUAUACUUCUGCCACCAACACUUUGACUAGUACUUUGACUACCAAACCAACUCCAGUUAUCACCACUGAAGCUGAGGAUGAAGAAGACGAAACCAUCACUUCCACCAUUCUUCAAUACAUUACCGUCACUUCUUCUGACACUACAUACACUUCAGCCACCAACACCUUGACUAGUGUUUUGACUACCAAAGCAGCAGCAUCUGCUCAAGAAGUUAGUGAAAAUGCCAAGGCCGCUUCUACCAAAGAUAAUGGCGAAACCACCACUUCAACCAUUACUAGUGUCGUUACAAUUACUGAUGCUAAUGGUGCCACCGAAGUGUUGACCGAAGCUUUGGCUGAAACCAGUAGUGACGCAGAUGCCUCAUACUGUACUCCUACUACUGUUACUGUUACUGUCACUGCUGAGCCAACUUCUGAAGUUGUUUCAACUAUUGUUCACACUACCCAAGUUCCACUUACUGCUGAAUUUACACUUGAUGAUACCACUACUACCCUUACAUCUUGGGUUGACUUGACUUCUACAGACCUUGUCACCAUCACUUCUACUUCAAGCAUUCACGAAUCAUACUCAACUGGCGCUUCUCAAUCCCAUCCAAUUUCCUCAUACUCCAACUACACAAUUUCGGACUAUGCCCCACCAAUCAGUUCCUACUACUCCUUGUAA